CCUCGAAAUGCUCCGAAGAAACACAGUUUUUCCGCCCCUUUCACUCUGGUUUACGUGGCAGGGGCGCUAGCGAGCGACUGCAGUUUUUCUUCGGCGGUGUACGUAGCAGUGACACCAGCACCGGCGGCGUCUCUUUUAUCUGCCCCGCCAGACCGUUAGACACUCUCCACAUGUCCCGCUUUAUCUAGCUCUCAUAGCCAUAGCCGGCCAGCCUCCUGACUCCUCUCCCUCCCAUUCUUCUUCCAUCGUCCUUCACUACUGCUCCUCCGCUCUCCUCUUCUGAGCUGCUUUCGGCCUCUCAUCGCCGUGCGCGGCAAGCUGCGUUGGAGGUGGGCUAGCUUCUCGGUUAGAGGGACUAGGGAUCGCCAUCGCCGCCGUCGUGACGGUGGCGGAGGUUGGUAUAUAGCUAGGGUGGUGUUGCCUUCCUGGGAGCUACUCGGAGGAUGCGUUUCGUUUUCCUUUGUUCGCGCUCGGAGCUUCUUUCCAUGUCCGGCUCCAUGAUUACCUUCCAUAUUUGCUACCGCCAUACCAUCCAAGGCUGCGCGCUCAUGCUAGUAUUUUCAUGCAUGCCUUCUUCCCCUCUCACCUCAUAAAAAAACAAUUAAUCUUUGGGAUCUGAGGGUAUCCGCUGGGGUUGGUAGGAUCGCGGGCAGAGAUUUAGCCAGGAGAGGAGAAAAUAAACUAGUCUUUUCCUGUUACUUCUAUUGCGCUCUUGAUGAGCUUCGGUGGCAUGUUCGAUGGCGCCGGCUCCGGUGUCUUCUCCUACGAGUCCGGCAAUGGCGGCGGUAUGCACAACCCGGGCCGCCUCCUCUCCACCCCGGCCCUCCCGAGACUCGGCGGCUUCGCCGCCCCCGGCCUCUCGCUCGGGCUGCAAACGAACAUGGACGGGGGGCAGCUGAGCGAGGUGAGUCGUAUGGGCCUGAUGGGAAGCGGCGGGAGCGGGAGCGGUGGCGACGGCGAUUCGCUGGGCCGCGGCCGGGAGGAUGAGAACGACAGCCGGUCCGGCAGCGACAACGUCGACGGCGCCUCCGGCGACGAGCUCGACCCGGACAACAUCAACCCGCGCAAGAAGAAAAAGCGCUACCACCGUCACACCCCGCAGCAAAUCCAAGAACUCGAAGCUGUGUUCAAGGAGUGCCCCCAUCCCGACGAGAAGCAAAGGAUGGAGCUCAGCAAGCGGCUCAACCUGGAGAGCCGCCAGGUCAAGUUCUGGUUCCAGAACCGCCGCACGCAGAUGAAGACGCAGAUCGAGCGGCACGAAAACGCGCUGCUGCGGCAGGAGAACGACAAGCUGCGCGCGGAGAACUUGGCGAUCCGGGAGGCGAUGCGCAACCCCAUCUGCACCAACUGCGGCGGCGCAGCCGUGCUCGGGGAGGUGUCACUGGAGGAGCAGCACCUGCGCAUCGAGAACGCCCGCCUCAAGGACGAGCUCGACCGCGUCUGCGCGCUCGCUGGCAAGUUCCUCGGCCGCCCCAUCUCCUCCGGUAGCCCAGCGUCCAUGCAGGGGUGCUCCGGCCUCGAGCUCGCCGUCGGCUCCAACGGCUUCGGGCUCGGCCCCCUGGGCGCGUCCGCGCUGCCCCCCAUCCCCGACCUUAUGGGAGCCAGCCUGCCCGGCCCCAUGGGCUCGGCGGCCAUGCGCCUGUCCGCGGGCAUUGGCGGCCUCGACGGCUCCAUGCACGGCGCGGCCGACGGCGUCGACCGCACUGUGCUCCUCGAGCUCGGGCUCGCCGCGAUGGAGGAGCUCGUGAAGGUGGCGCAGAUGGACGAGCCGCUCUGGCUCCCCAGUCCGGACGGCAGCGGCUUCGAGACGCUCAACUUCGACGAGUACCACCGCGCGUUCCACAGGGUGCUCGGGCCGCGCCCCGCCGGCUACGUCUCCGAGGCCUCCCGCGAGGUCGGCAUCGUAAUCACCAGCAGCGACGACCUUGUCGACAGCCUCAUGGACGCGGCUCGCUGGUCGGAGAUGUUCCCGUGCAUCGUGGCGAGGGCGAGCACGACGGACAUCAUCUCGAGCGGCAUGGGCGGCACUCGCAGCGGGUCAAUCCAACUGAUCCACGCGGAGCUGCAGGUGCUGUCGCCGCUGGUACCGAUCCGGGAGGUGGUCUUCCUGCGGUUCUGCAAGCAGCAUGCCGAGGGGCUGUGGGCCGUGGUCGACGUCUCGGUGGACGCCGUCCUCCGCCCCGACGGCCACCACCACCACUCGCAGAACGGUGGCGGCGGCGGCGCUGCCGGGUACAUGGGAUGCCGCCUCUUCCCCACGGGCUGCAUCGUUCAGGACAUGAACAACGGCUACUCCAAGGUCACGUGGGUGGUUCACGCGGAGUACGACGAGGCGGCGGUGCACCAGCUCUACCGCCCGCUGCUGCGCUCCGGCCAGGCCCUCGGCGCGCGCCGCUGGCUCGCCUCGCUCCAGCGCCAGUGCCAGUACCUCGCCAUCCUCUGCUCCAACUCUCUCCCCGCCCGCGACCACGCCGCGAUCACACCGGUGGGGCGGAGGAGCAUGCUGAAGCUGGCGCAGCGGAUGACGGACAACUUCUGCGCGGGCGUGUGCGCGUCGGCGGCGCAGAAGUGGCGGCGCCUGGACGAGUGGCGCGGCGGCGAGGGGGGAGGCGCGGGCGGCGGCGGCGCCACGGUGGAGGGGGAGGACAAGGUGCGCAUGAUGGCGCGGCAGAGCGUGGGCGCGCCAGGGGAGCCUCCCGGCGUGGUGCUGAGCGCCACCACGUCGGUGCGGCUCCCGGCCACUCCGCCCCAGCGUUUGUUCGACUACCUCCGCGACGAGCAGCGCCGCGGCGAGUGGGACAUCCUGGCCAACGGCGAGGCCAUGCAGGAGAUGGACCACAUCGCCAAGGGCCAGCACCAUGGCAACGCCGUCUCGCUCCUCCGUCCAAAUACAACAAGUGGCAAUCAAAACAACAUGCUCAUCUUACAAGAGACCUGCACCGACUCAUCUGGCUCCCUCGUGGUGUACGCGCCCGUGGACGUGCAGUCCAUGCACGUCGUCAUGAACGGCGGCGACUCCGCGUACGUCUCCCUCCUCCCCUCCGGGUUUGCCAUCCUCCCGGACGGCCACGGGGUGCCGUCGCUGCCGGCCCCUCCGAACCCCGGCCAGGGCUCACCGCCGAACGCUCCUUCCGCGUGCGGCAACGCCGGGUCCCUCGUGACGGUGGCGUUCCAGAUCCUCGUGAACAACCUGCCCACCGCGAAGCUCACCGUGGAGUCGGUCGACACCGUCAGCAACCUGCUCUCCUGCACCAUCCAGAAGAUCAAGUCCGCGCUCCAGGCAAGCAUCGUCUCGCCCUAGCGGGCAUUUGACAUGGAUUCCGGCCGCCGACCGACCUCACUCGAUCGCCAGGCCGGAGCCUGAUGCCGUGUCGAUUGCUUGACUUGAGGCCAUGCCAGAUGCUACAAGCUCAGGUUGAGCUCAUCACGCACUUCACAAUGGCACAACACAAGAAUGGACAUGCGAAGCAACGUACUGAGAUGAUCAUGCAGCUAGUGUUUGGUUGAGAGGCAGUGCAAAAGGACGGAAAAAUAAAUUAUGUAGUGUGGGGGUAUAUUGCAUAUAGAGCAAUGGGGUGAGGUACACAGGGAUUAAGUCAAGAACGAACCGCGCUCUAGGCUUCCCUUGAGCAGACAUGUCUAAUUGCUGCUUAAGCUUGAUGCUGAUGUGGUGGUUCGGGUAUUGACUUAAGUCUAUAUACUAUCUAGCAGUUUGUUUUAACCGUUUCGUGAAGAGUUGUCUUUCUUUUCCCCCUCUUCUAGUUCUCUCCAAGAUGAGGAAAUAUAUAGAGGGAAUGAUGAUACUGAUCAGAGGUCCCCACGAUGGUUUUUGUUUGCUUA